ACAUAAAUCGGAAAAUUACUGGAACGCAUACAAAACCUCUAGAAAAUCGCGUAACUGAUGCAUUGCGAGAAAUAAAAGCAGCAUAUUAUAAAGGAGAAUUUAAGAAAGUCAAACAUGAUCCCAAACAAGCAUGGAAAACUGUGAAUAAAAUCCUAAACCGUAAACACGAAAGUAGAGAAAUAAAUUGUCUUGAAACACAGAGAGGACAAAUCUUACAUCCAACGGAGUUAGCGGAGUGUUUUAAUAAUUAUUUCACCAAUAUUGGUCCAGAUAUUGCCAAAAAUAUCGACAAUGGUGACAGAAAUUUCAAGGAUUACAUCACGACAACAACUAGUAGCUUUAAUUUUCAAACGGUGUCUGAGUCGAACAUAUACAGACUUCUGUUAUCUCUAAAUCCUCGUAAAUCUACUGGAAUUGACAAAAUCCCUGCUAAAAUUAUUCGCAUUGCUGCUCCUGUAAUUACAAACUCAUUGACAAAAAUUUUCAAUAUGUCCAUUAUAAGUGCAACUGUUCCUUUUGAGUGGAAAAUAGCAAGAGUCACUCCCACAUUUAAAAACGGCCCACGAAACUUACUAAACAACUAUCGCCCCAUUUCUAUCCUCCCUGUAGUAAGUAAACUUUUUGAAAAAGUAUCAUACGAACAACUCCAUGAGUAUCUUGUUACACAGGAGUUGUUGUCCCCUCGUCAAUUUGGUUUCAGGAAGUUUCAUUCUACACCCUCUGCUCUUACAGAUAGUACCACAUGA